AUGAAGGCCCUUGCAGAUGACGCCAUGAACAACCCCAAUGAAAAAUUCAUCAUGAAGUGGGCCAAGAACCGGUCCAAGAUAUCCAAGGCCAACAAGCAAAAGACCAAGGUGGUCAUCAAGACAGUCUCGUGGAUGGUCCUGAGGUUCUUGUCUUUUGAACGAUUCAACGAGUUCAAGCUGAUGAGGCUCACGGCUCCAAGAACUUUUUUUUCAAACACUUGCCGCAUGGUCCGAAUAAUACCAAAAAAGGCAUUCUAUGGAAUGUCGGCGACCCCAACCCUCAACUCGAUUCAGGACAUUGUCGGAAUCGUCUCGAUUUGCCGGUUUGUGGCAUUAAUGCCAUUCAAAUUGGACGAUGCGAUGAUCCCUACCCAGGAGGGGGCGUUGCGGGCAUGGGCUCCAUUGGACAAUCCCGAGGUCUAG